AUGACGAAGACGGAAGACGGCAAAUUCAGGCUCAGUCGGUCCCAGCCCAGACCUUACACCCAAGCGCGGGCCGACUUUGAAGAGGAGGUCAACUGGAGCUGGUUCGAAAGGUACUAUCUCGGGCAGCCGGGCUCUUCCCAGCCGGCGCAGGAAGAGUUGGUUUCGGAGGGUGGAGGGGCCUGGAUGGAAGCGAUAUCAGACAUGAAGGCCGGUGAAGAAGAAGACGAAGAAUUCGAAGAAGACGAAGAAGAGCCGGCAGAGGAUGAAGACGAAGAUGGCGGUAAGGGGAAGGCGAGGGCGAGAGCGAGGGCGAGAGCGAAAGGGAAAGGGAAAGAAAUAGAGAAGCCACCGCCCAAGAGGGUCGGCAUUUCGCCGAUAUCCCGCGUCAAGGAGUUCGUUGACCGACCUUCUUCUUCGUCCAGCAGCGGUUUACCGUCAAUUCAAGAGGAAGAGGAGGAGGAAGAGGUGGAGGUGGUGGAUGACGAGGAGGUGGACGACGAGGAGGUGGAGACGGGGGCCGGGGCGUUGCAGGAGAUGCUGAGGAGAGCUGAAACUCUGGCAGCCAGUCGUGCUGAAGCUGCAAUGGCGGAAGCAGACCAACUUUUCCAGGCGGGUUUGGCUAGGUUGGUUAGCCGGGAGCCAAACCGGAGCAAUACUGGCGAAGGCAAGGCGGACCCGGCUGACCCUGCGCUCAGGGGCGGGGAGUGGGAAGAUUGA